AUGCAGAAUAAUUUUCUUUGGGGAGGGGCAGAAGCUGUUAGAAAAAUCUAUUGGGUGUCUUGGGAAAACUUGUGUUUGCCCUUUGGAAAAGGAGGUAUUGGCAUGAAAAGGAUAGAGGAGUUCAACAUUUAUUUACUUUUGAAAUGGAGAUGGAGAAUGUUGGAGGUGGAAAAAGCUUUGUGGUUGGAUAUCCUUAAAGCGAGAUACGAUUCAUUGGCUUUUUACUUCACUACCUCCGACUACUGUAGAAUGCUCAAACACUGCUCCUUAUGGUGGAAAUCCUUAUGCUCUCUGGAUAAUAACAGUCAAUUUGACGCUUUUAAGGAGAAAUACAGUUACAAAUUGGGAGGCGAUUCUUCGAUUCCAUUUUGGACUGCGGUUUAG